AUGUCCAACUUCGACCCCAAUGCCAUCCUACGCGGCGCUCAGCUCACCUUCGUCGGUGCCAACCGGGCCUUACAAAACCCCGAACUCUUCACCACCACACACUACCGGCAGGCGGCGAUAGCAGUCUGUGCAGGGCUGGCCAUCCGCAUUAUUCUCAACAUCCCCAUCUACGCGGUCAAGUUUAUUUUAUUGAUCACAUCGGUCAUUGUCAACCUCGACCAAGAGACAUGGGACGACAAGCUGGUCAACGGACUGGAUUUCAUAUCCAAAUCUGUUCUUCAGAUUCCCUUUUUUCUCAUGAUGGUCAUGAGUUCCCUGACACCCACGCUUGACGACCUGUUCAUGGACUCUUUAGCCUGGGUCGACAAAACGUACCUUCAGAAACACAAGUCCGACGACCCCUCGGCCCUGCGCGGCCUGUACUACCCAACACUAAGAAUGUAUUCGACUCAUGGCGACCGGGAAGCGAAAGCCAAACGCAGCCCCAUCGACGGACUCAUCGGUCUGGCUAUGAAAUAUAGCCGCCGCGCGGGGAUCUCCCUGGCCAUCUACGCAUUUACAUUCGUGCCCUACAUAGGUCCGUUUGUGCUUCCCGCGGCUUCAUUCUACACCUUCAACAAGUCUGUCGGACCGGUCCCUGCGGGGAUAGUGUUCGCAACCGGUCUAGUGCUGCCCAAGCGGUACAUGGUGUCGUUUCUGCAGACCUACUUCUCCAGUCGUAGCCUGAUGUCGAGGCUGUUGGAGCCCUAUUUCUCCCGCAUCCGCUUCUCUAAGCAGCAGAAGAAGGUCUGGUUCAUGGAUCGCAGCGGCGUGCUCUUUGGGUUCAGCGCUGCCUUUGCAGUCAUGGUCAAGGUCCCCUUGCUCGGCGUGCUCAUUUAUGGCAUCGCCGAGGCCAGCACUGCUUAUCUAAUCACCAAAAUCACAGAGCCGCCGCCCCCGCCGGGUCCGGAGACAAAAGUCUUUAUCGAGAAUGAGGUCCGCUGGAAAAACAAGCAUCUACUUCUUAAUUUGCCGCUGGAUAAGUUGGACGAGUUCAAUGCACGCAUCUCGGGCGCCGGAAAGGUUACAAAGUCGUCCUCGUCCACGACACAGACUUCGAGGCGUUCAUUCUCCUGA